AGAAGGAACCGGCCGGCGAGCAGAGGGAUCGACGAGUACCCGGCGUACGUUUGUGUGGUGCGCGCUGUCUUUGAGAUAAGUCUUGCCUAGUGUUGCUCGAGAAAAGUUAUCCCCCUCGACGUUUGUUCGUUCGCUCGUUCACACGCACGCACGAGAAAGCGUUCUUGUUUUUUUUUUGAUCGAGAGACCGGUCGAGAGGACUGUACGGAGGAGUAGUAAAGCCAAGAUGACGAUGGCAACGGAAACAGAGAAUACCGGGCCGGAGAGCAAAGAAAUUAAGGACGUGAAGGAGAUGAAAGAGGCGUUGAAGGACGAAAUGCCGCCGGACAAUAAGCAGGUGGAGAAGGAAGAAAGUGGAAAAAAGGAGGAGUCCGCUGACGCCGCGGCCACCGCUGCAUCGCCGGCACCCACCAAGGCUAUUAGCGUGCAUAAGACCAACUACGAGAAGGACAUUGUUUAUCUGUAUCAGUUCUCCCGAACGCCGCUUUUGCCCUCUGUUUCACCGUAUUGUCUCAAGGUGGAGACGUGGUUGCGACUCAACGGCGUCAAAUACGAGAAUGUGGACCACAAGGUGAAAUUCCGCUCCAAGAAGGGUUCGCUACCGUUUGUCGAGCUGAACGGGGAAGAGAUCGCGGACAGUACGAUCAUCAUUCGCGAACUAAGUCAGAAGUUGGGCCACGACCUGGACGCUAUACUCACGCCCGAGCAACGAAGCGUUUCCCAUGCGACGAUAUCGAUGAUCGAGAACCACCUGGUCUGGGUGGUGAUGUGCUGGCGCACCAAGAAUCUCGAUCAGGUCUUGAAGGGCUACAAGAUGAACCUUCAGCACGUCCUUGGCACUCGUAUACCAAACGGCAUUCUGAAUUUCAUCUUCAAGCUUACGUACGGUCGCAAGUGGGAUUUGUUGCAGAGCGCGAAAAGGGUGAAGGCUCAGGGUAUGGGCGUCCAUACCCCUGAAGAGGUCUCCCAGUUCGGUUGCGCCGACCUCAAGGUUCUCUCUGAUAUGCUAGCUGACAAGCCGUUCUUUUUUGGGGACGAGCCAACUACGUUGGACGUAGUCGCGUUCGCGCACCUCGCUCAGAUCCUCUACAUCGACAAAGACACGCCGUACAGUCUUCGGGAUUACAUGCAGGAGAACUGUCCGAAUCUGGUAGGGCAUUGCUCGCGCGUCCAGGAACAAUGCUUCCCAGACUGGGACGAGAUGUGCUCCACCCUGGACAUGAACACGCAUCUACCGAAGCCGGAGAAACAACAAGAGGAGAAGGAGGGCAAGGAGGAGGCGAAGGAGUCGAAGGAAUCGAAGGAGGAGAAAGAGGGCGACAAGGAGAAGGCGGAUAAAGAGGAGAAAGAGAUGGAAAAAGACAAGGAGGUUGACGAGAACAAAGAGAAAGAGAAGGAAGGGAAAUAAGCUGUCUCCGAUGCGCGACAGGAAGCAACAAAAAAUAUAAGUCGUUCAAAAAAAAAAAAUUUAACCGUGGAAAAUUGAGGGUGUAAUCUGGAUAUGAAUUGGGGAGAAGGGAGUGACACGGAGAGAAAGGGUGGGUAAGAAAGCGUGCGUGCGUGCGUGUAUGUGUCCUCUACGUGUAUGUGCGCGCGUAUCGAGUGAAUGAUAAACGAGAAACGAAUGAGUGUGUGCAUGCGUGUGAGAAACAGAG